GUUGGGACCUCUCUUCUGUGGAUGAUAUUGAAUGUAUUGGUAUUUCACAUGGCAUUGUGGGCGUUAUUAGUUUGCCAAAUGUAUACGAACCGCAUUUGGUGAUAGUGAAGGAAGCUACACCCGUUGGCGUUCUGCAUGCACCCAGUCUUGUGUAUAAAAUCAAAUCGAUUUGCAUAUUAAGCGCUGAUGAACCAGAUACAGUAUUAACUUCCUGCACCCGGCACUCGAGGAGCGCCAACAGCACACCCACACAUUCACCCUCGUCGAAUGCUUCUACUACAAGCAGCACCGGCAACACCCCUGUCGCCAAGACAAAACUUUUUGAGGGUGCUCAACUAAUGAAUAAAACUUGGGGUGCUGUCAAAAUUGCCGGCAGCACUAUUAAGAAUACCACCCAGCAAGCCGCCGCGUUGGCUUCCAAUCAAAUGAAGUCUUCUGUGGGCAUACGUGAUCCGUUGCGCAUUGCGAAGCGCAUUACAGAGGAGCUGCAUAAGAUUUUUGAUGAAACGGAUAGCUUUUACUUUAGUUUCGACAGCGACAUCACCAACAAUUUGCAGCGGCAGAGUGGUGCUGGCGACCAAAAGCGGCAAUACGAUGAGCGUUUCUUUUGGAAUAUGCAUAUGAUUGCCGAUAUUUUGAAACUUAAAGACAAUACGUGGGUAUUGCCGAUUAUACAAGGAUUCGUGCAAGUCGAACCUUGCGUGAUAGGUAAUGAAUGCUUAACAUUGGCGCUAGUGUCGCGUCGGUCACGAUAUCGCGCGGGCACGAGAUAUAAGCGAAGGGGCGUUGAUGAACAGGGGGACUGCGCUAAUUACGUUGAAACGGAGCAAAUAUUGUCAUUUCGUCAUCAUCACUUGAGUUUUACGCAAAUUCGUGGUUCGGUGCCAGUCUAUUGGAGUCAACCCGGCUAUAAAUAUAGGCCACCACCACGCCUGGACAGGGGCGAGCAAGAAACGCAGGAGGCAUUCGAACUACAUUUUACCAAAGAAAUAUCGCUAUACGAUGGUGUUUGUAUUGUCAAUUUGGUCGAGCAAAGCGGCAAGGAGAAACUUAUUGGUGAUGCUUACGCAAGACAUGUGAUAAAAUACAAUAAUGAUCGCUUAAUAUAUGUUACUUUCGAUUUCCAUGAUUACUGUCGCGGUAUGCGUUUUGAAAAUGUUUCCGCUCUUGUUGAAGCGCUUGCACCCGAAGCAGGCGCUAUGGGUUUUCAUUGGCGUGAUCAGCGUGGUGUUAUAUGUAAUCAAAAAUCAGUAUUUCGUGUUAAUUGUAUGGACUGCUUGGAUCGCACAAAUGUCGUAGAGACAGCAAUAGGCAAGGCUGUGCUGGAAUCACAGCUAGUUAAAUUGGGUUUAUCACCACCAUACUCACCCAUUCCAGAGCAAUUGAAAUCGCCGUUCAUGAUAUUGUGGGCAAACAAUGGCGAUAUAAUUAGUCGACAGUAUGCGGGCACAAAUGCGCUGAAGGGCGAUUAUACGCGAACCGGUGAACGGAAGAUAAGCGGUAUGAUGAAAGACGGCAUGAAUUCAGCAAAUCGUUUCCUCAUACAAAAUUUCGCUGAUUCCUUCCGGCAAUGCAUAAUUGAUUUAAUGCAAGGCAAGCUGGUCGAGGCCAAUCAAUUGAAAGAGGAUGAAGUUAUGAAGACAAUACUACACAUUCUCUGCCCGUCUACACCGGCGCCUACACGCGGUUACUAUCACGCCGGUGUGCUCGGUCCGGAAUUACAUUUUCUGGAAAAUAUCGUAAACGCAAGUUAUUAUCUCGCGCGUUUUAAAGAUUCUUAUCGUCAAGCCACCAUCGAUCUAAUGCUCGGAAAUCAAGUUUCUGCAGAGUCACUGAACGCGUUGGGCGGACAGGCGGCACCCGAUGAAACAGAUGCAUUGGAAAGUGCCGAACAAGCCAAACUGUUGGUGGAGGAUUGUCGGCGCUUGCUGCUAGGUUCAGCACAAUAUCCAGUGGGCUCAUGGGGCCUCAUCGAUGCCGAUCCGACUACGGGUGAUCUUAAUGAAACGGACGUUGACACGGUUCUGCUGCUCACAGACGAUUGCUACAUUGUUGCCGAAUAUGACUCACAUUUGGAUAAAAUUGUACGUUUCGAAAAGGUUCAGUUGCAAAAUAUUACGCUGAUCGAGUUAGGCAUGUAUCAGCAGACCAAAUUGUUUCAAGGCUCAGCGCCAGCGCUGCUCUGCUUGCGCCUGAACUACAGUGUGGAAGGUGUGGACGGCUAUUUCCAUAUGUUUCGUUCGGCCAACAUACGCUUCUUCAAUAAUAUGGUUUAUGUGAUCAAGACACAGGAGGAAGUUAUGGAAUCUCUCAUGGCCAUCGUUGAGAUGUUUCGCAUAGCAUUAGAUAAUAUCGGCAAAACCGAUGUACGCUACAUAACCGGCGGCGUAUUGCAGCGGCGCAAAAGUAGAAAUCCAUUGCUUGACGUACCAAAGGGUAUGCCGCGAAAUCUCUCCGAAUCCCAACUCGUGCAAUUUAGUUCAAAAGCAAUAUCUAAUGUUGCUGGCCAAUUCUCCAAAUUGGGACAGUCUCUCAAUCCAAAUAAAAAUAAAAAUUCCAAUAUAAAUUCAAACGCACAAAAGCAAACGAAUGAAUUAGCCAAAAUAAAUCCACAGGUUAUGCGGCAAUCACAAACAUCAAUCGAUCAAGCGGUGGAAGCUGAAAAAGCAGUGUUUUCGGUUGGACGAACCCAAAGCAAUUCACAUAGUAGUACCGAUACCGAUGAGAAUGACAGCAGCAUUUAUGAACCCGAACUGGAUUCGGAUGUAGACUUGGCAAUCGCCGCAACCAACGCAGCAGCUGGAAAGUCAGGAUUCAAUGAAAAUGACUUCUUGCCUUCCGUUGGUAUUGUAAUGGGCAACACGCAAGAUGGCGAACAACCGUCAGCAGAAAAUAUGGAUUGUUUAAUGCAAAAAGAUAGCAUGGCUAAAAAUAGUGAAGAUGUUUAUACUAUUUCAAUAUCGUCGGUUACCGACCAUGUCACAAUGCCCUCCGGGCUGCUAGAGAACGCACCACCUGUACGACCGAUUACGCCAAAUCCGCAAAUAUGCGUACAAGCCGACGGUGAGGAACAACAGCUCGAUGGACCAGCAGAGCGUACCAGUGAAGCAGCCAUAGAACUCAACCUGCCACUAGGUAGUGCACCAAGUGAUACUAUUAAAUUGAAACAAUUGGCGAGUCCCUUAUCGCGGACAAUGGUGGUGAGUCCUUUAUCGAAAUUGGCAAAAGGUAUGCAAAAUAUUGGCUUAAAUCUCGAUCCACGUAAGAUAGCAACGAAGACAGGCGUACUAUCCCCGACAAACGCAUCAGCAGAUAACACACCGCCAUCGGAAAGGCAAAGUAAUCGUGCGCAGCUUGAAGAACUUUGGGCAGAGCACCAAUGCAAGACCAGGCUGAUUGCUUUGUAAAGAGCAUCGCGAAUAAAAAGGGAUUUAUUUUAAGUUGUUUAAGAAAACCAUAAAGAGAAAGAAGAAAAAGGGAAAUAUUUUUAUUAAAAAGAACAUCGUGUAAAGUACUAACACAAAACACGUCCUACUCAAAUCAAGCAAAACUCCUCCUAAUAACAUUUAACACAGAAUAGGUUUUGAAAUGGACCAAUUAUGCGAUAUGAUUUUAUGUUAUUUGGCCAGCGUGUUUGCAAGAAAUAUUAUUGUUUGAGGAAUUUUAUAGUAGUCAAGCAUAUUUAUAUAGAUUUUUAUGCAUAUAUAUAAACUAUGCAUGACAUUUCUUUAUGUUUCCAUAAUAGCCGUAGUAGCCAAACUAAAUGUUUGCAAAAAAAAGUAGAGAACUAUCCGCAAACGAAUUGGGUAUAACCAGAAUAACCCGCGUUUAGUUUUUCUACUGCUACAUUUUGCCACACAUAUUAUAAAAGCCAUUAAUUCGGUUGUCUUUAAUGAUUUAAUUAUUAUUUAAAAUUGGUACUCUGGUUUUCAUGGCCUCAUAUGCAAAUAAAUAUUUAUGUGAUUGCGCACUUGUUGCGUUCGUUUCGUAGUAAGCGUUGUCGCGUUAAACAUAAUUACUUAAUGAUAAAGCACUUUUUUAAUUUGUAAAUAUAAUUUUGAUUUGUCAUUGCCCAUAUUUUACUUAGAAAAUUCCACCGCGAAAAAGCAAAACUAACCACUCAUAUACUACCGCUGUAAAACUAUCGAGGGCACUAUCGAUAGUAUCGAUGGUUUGUGACUAUCGAAAACAUCAAUGGUUUUGUAAGCAGUAUCGAUAGUUUUUAUUCAUACAUGCAUUAUGCAGUAACAUACAUAUUUCAGACCGCAGAUGCUGCUUGAAUCCAAAAAUCGUUGAUAAACUUUUGUUCCUUAACAAAAAUGUCGACAUACUUAUUUUAGCAAUUCUGAUCUCAUUUUCAAUAAAAAUUGUUAUGUUUAAUUUUUGGACUUUUUUAAUCAAAACUAUCGAUAGUGUC